AUGAAAUCAAAACAAUAUUUUUCAUAGACUUAGGAUUCGGAUGAAUACAAGGCAUAGAUCAAGUUAUUAGAAGAGAUGAAUGAGAAAUUGACUUAAGAGAAUUGUGAUUUAAUACGUGAAAUAACACAUUAUCAAAUACAAUUAAGGGAAAAGGAUUCGUAUAUUGAGUAGUUGGGAAUAGAGAAUAGAACAUUGAAAUUUGAAUUGAAAUUAGCUUUGAAAAAAGAAGAUUUAUAUAGUACAGUAACGUUGGAUCGAUACAAGAAGUCGUUUUCAACAAUUUAGCCUUAAAGGAAACGUAUAUUUGAGACCAAGAUGACAACUUUGCAUAUGAAUUACUUGAGUCCAAAGAAAUGCGGCAAUUCGAAAGAAGACUUUAUCAGUCCUGAAGCAGGGGAAUUUGGAAAAUCAAUGGAUAAUGGAUUAAAUUAAGUUGAGGGAUAGGAUGCUAAAGAAAUUAAUAAUGAUAAUUUAUCUCAAUCAAAUUAGAACUACUCUAAAUUAGGAUUAGAAAUAUCUAAAGGUGAGGGAUCUAAUUCUACUCCAUAGUAAUUAUUAUAAGAACCUAUUGUAAUCAAAUAAGAUUUAUCAUAAUCAUAAUAAUUGAAAUAGAAUUAAUAUUCCUUAUUUGAAGAAUUCCUAAUUAUCAGUAUUUCAAAAUCAACAUUGAAUGGAUUAACUAAUGAUAUUUUCGAAGCAGGAGAAGCGAAUUUAAUGCCUGAGAUUUUGUUUCAACAUUCAUCUGCUGAUUCUUGUUAUAAGGAAUAAUUGUUAUUAUUGGCAUAAUAGAUACAUCCAUAUGGACUUAAAGUAAGAUUGGAAUAGAAAACUCAAUCAAUGAGUAAUUUGAAUUCAAUUCUAAUGGGUGGUCAAAAUUAUGAUAGAUUAGCAGGUGCAUAUGUAAUUACCAUGUAAUCAGAAUAAACAUUUAAUAAAAGUGUGGUGCUUAAUAAUAAAACUUAAGUAAAUCUUGAUAACAUAUGUGAUCUAAUCUCAAUUACAAAUAUCAAUCAUCAAUUAUAUUGUGUUUGUGUUGAUGUGCCUGAUUUCUAUGAUUGUAAUGUUGGCAACAAUACCACUAAAUUAAAGAAGAAAUAUUUUUAUUCAUUAUCUAAAACUUAUUGCUUCAUUACUAAAGCACCAAUUAUUGAUUUCUUUAUUGAAACUAUCAAGAUUAUAAUAAGUACAUUAAAAUUCAAAAAAGCAGAGAUCUAUUCAAUGGUUUCAGAAUUCGAGGAGACUUUAGGGGAUAUUGAUAACUAUUUCUAUACAUCAUUCAAACUAGAACUAUAUAAUUUUUUAACAGAAUUGCAGUAUUCAAAAUUGAUAAGUAAAUGCAAUUACAAAUUUUUAUAAACUCCAUUACAAUUUCAACACAUUCAUAGUUCAAAUGUUGAAAACUAUGAAAUAGAAUGGGCUAUUUCUUAUGCAUUUUUAAAUAUGGAAUUGCCCCAUUAUUUAAUUUUAUUAAUCAAUAUGAUGUUGGAACAACAUAUCUGUAUUAUAAGUAGUAAUCGUACCUUAUUGAGCUCUUUAUUAAUGAUAUUGCCACAUAUGAUUAAACCUUUUUAGCACAUAUAACCUACCAUUCAUGUUUUAACUGCUUAAUUGAUGCCAAUUCUUGAUUCUCCUGUUCCAAUUAUUUGUGGAAUAGUCAAAGACAGUGAAAAGGGAUUACAAAAUUUAGGUAUUGAAGAUAUUGAUUCUUUUUGUGAAGAAUAAUCUCAAAUUCUAUUCUUUGAUGCUAACAAACUCAAGUUUUAUAAUUUGUCAGCAAAUCUUACAGAGUGUAAAAUAUACACCACUCUAUUUGAUAAAUUAUUCAAAACAUACUAAUAAAUACGCCAAUUAAGUGUUCCAGGACACUAUUUAGCAGAUAGUAAUGAUACAACAAUGAAUUUGAGUUUUUAAAUCUUAGAUGACACUAAAACGUAUAUAUAAGACAACUUACUCCCUUUGAUUCCAAACGAUGAUGGUGAAAUUAAUCUUAAUCAAAUUUUAGAUAGCAUACUUAGCUCAACUUAGGAUCAAAUUCUAAAAUAAAUCACAUAAACCCAAUAUUUCUCCUACUAUAUCUAAUAGAAAUUCAAACUUUGA